AUGAGUCAGAGUAAGGACAAUGUACCACAAGUGCCCCGUGGUUGGAAAGCCAUCUACGAUGAGGAGUACAAGCACUGGUUUUUUGUCGAGCUAUCAAGCAAAAAAUCGCAAUGGGAAGCUCCUAAGGGAACCAGUUGGUCCAAUAGCGAACGUAGUGCUCCACCACCUCCAGCAUAUAGUUCUCAACCUCAACCACAACAACCGCAACAACGGUACGCUCCUCAGCCGAACUAUCAACAGCAGCCAAUGUACCCUCAACAGCAGAUGUACCCUCAACAGCCAAUGUACCCUCAGCAGCCCAUGUACCAGCAACCUCAGCAAAAGAGAAGUAACGGUAUGAGAAACGGGAUGCUGGGAGCCGGUGCAGGUAUGCUUGGUGGGUUCCUGUUGGCAGAUGCUAUGACACCCGAUGUGUACGUUGAGAAUAACAAUUACGACUACGGUGGAGGAGACUACGGCGGUGGUGAUUUUGGUGGAGGAGACUUUGGCGGAGGAGAUUUUGGUGGAGAUUUCUAG